UUGUACUGUCAACGAGUCACCCAUCUCGGUCUCGGCGUGUAACCAUAGUACAGUAGCAUAGUCCUCCUCUCUAUAGUCCGGAGGCCUGACAACUCCGUUUUUAUUCUUCUAGAGCAACUGAGAGCAGCAGCGACAGAUAGCACUUGAACUUAGGCGACUGAGACGAUAGAGAAAUGGGUUUUGCGCUUAAAGCUCCAGUAACCCUAUUGCGGCAAGAAAACUUUGUGCCGUUCCAUCAAAGCCAGGGACGGUAUAGUAAUCCUAUUCAUCUCACGAAGAGGAGACUGUCACUGCAAAUCUGCUCAGUGUCGAAGACAGCGGCCGAACAGAAUCUUGGGUUUCCAAUAAUGGUGAACAGCUGUGCUGGUAAAAUGGGGAGGGCUGUCAUAGAAGCAGCAGUCUCUGCUGGAAUUCAGUUAGUUCCUGUAUCAUUCAGCACUGAAGCAGAGUCUGGUCAAAUUGUGCAAGUAGGUGGGCAGAAUAUUCAGAUUUACGGUCCUUCUGAAAGAGAGGGCAUUCUUUCAUCAAUUUUUGAAGAACACCCAAAUCUGAUUGUUGUUGACUAUACUGUGCCUGAUGCUGUUAAUGACAAUGCAGAGACAUAUUGCAAAGUGGGUGUCCCUUUUGUGAUUGGAACUACUGGUGGAGACAGGGAGAGGCUCUAUAAGACUGUUGAAGACUCAAAAGUUUAUGCAGUAAUUUCUCCACAAAUGGGAAAACAGGUUGUUGCAUUUCUUGCAGCCAUGGAGAUUAUGGCUGACCAGUUUCCUGGAGCUUUCGCAGGCUAUAGCCUACAGGUGAUGGAGUCUCAUCAGGCAAGCAAAUUGGAUACGUCUGGAACUGCCAAGGCUGUCAUCUCAUGCUUUCAGAAACUUGGUGUUUCUUUUGAUAUUGAUCAGAUAAAACAAAUUCGGGACCCCAAACAACAGGUUGAGAUGGUGGGCGUCCCAGAGGAGUACCUAUCUGGCCAUGCUUUCCAUAUGUAUAAUCUCACAUCACCUGAUCAGACAGUUUCAUUCGAGUUUCAGCACAAUGUAUGUGGUAGGUCAAUAUACGCAGAGGGUACUGUUGAUGCUGCCAUUUUCCUUGCUAAGAAGAUCUCCGAGGAUGCCCCUAUUGAUUGUUCUGGCCUUCCUGCAUUAGGUUAAUCUGCAUGAAAAUGUGAUUGACUAUUCAGAUCUCCGAGGAUGCUCUGAGGUGUUGGCUUUCCAUAGUGAGUGAUCCUGAGCUGGUAAUAUGGCUAACUUUAUUGGAAGAUCCUUCAGGAAAGUUGAGGACAAGAGCUCUUUGAGUAUUUCUGAUGACCCUAGGUUCUGUUUUUCGGAUUAACUGGAGUUGCCCUAUUUAUACAGCAUUGGGCAUGUGGUAGUGAAGCUACCUUUACCUGGGGGUUGGUUGAAAGUGAACUAUGAUGGGAAGCAUUUAUAAGGUGAUGGGGGACCAUUGUUUUAGAUUAUGGAAGUAUAUUAAGCUCUGAACCUUUUUAAUUACGGAUUGUUUCUUAUGUUUUCAUCAGCUCACUCCAAUCAAGAGGACUCUUGCUGGGAAUCAGUUCUGUAAUAACAGAUUGCAUUAAGUUUGUGAUCCACUUCUCUUAAAGAAAAGGAAAAUUUACAGCCA